GGCUCCUUCGGCGUCCUCACCGAGGAGGACACUCGGCCGGUGUCCGAGGACAGCCGUUUCCCGAGGGCCCUUCUCACAACCCUGGGCACCAUGGUCUCCCUCCCCGCGCCCGGCCGUGGCAUCUGCCCGUCUCUAAAGUUGAGGAAACUCCAGAAAUUCGGGGAAACGACCCCAAGAAGCGUCUUAUUACCAAUUCCCCGUAGCCCUUUCCUCCAGCCCGGCGUGGGGAGGAAGUAAGAUCGCCCCCGUCCCAGCCACAGGAAGACAGCAGCGCGACACGUUUGCUCUUGGGAGGCAAGUCGCCGCUUGUCCCACCUGUUGGACAGCCUUUGGACGCAGUCUGACCCCUUGUCGUCUUACCCUGUAACGGCCUGGCUAGUUCUCCUGUCCCUUAAAACAACGCAAGUCAGUGUGGGUCUGAGCAGUUCCCUACCCAACUGUGAGAAAAAUGGCAGGGGUAUGGACUUGAGGCGCACUUUCUACACUGUAGAGAAGUAGGCCUAUUUAAAUGCCUUUGAACUUCUGAAAAUGACGAAAGCACAGACAACCAAUUUGAUAUUUUUUAAUUGGCUGGGAAAUUAAAUUGUAAAGCAUGUUUAAAUGCACCUUUAGAGCUCCUGUCUUAUUCGCCUACAGAGGGGGUCUUUAGAAGCCUGCUAUGUAGAUAAUGGUAUUAUAGUAACUCAUUUGCAUAGUGUUUUACAACGUGCUUUGGAGUGUUGAGCACUCAAGUGUGACGGUAAUUAUUCAUUUAAUGGGUUAAUGGUCACUGGGAAAGAUUUAGGGCAAGAGGUCUCAAACUCCAGAGGUAGGCAAGUAACUUAAGUUAGUACAAUUGGCCAGGAAUUGUUCUUGGGGACCUGGAUAGCUUAUGUCUGUUUUGGGGGCUCCAGCCUAUAUAGUGUUAGAUCUUCUGUAUCUGAAGAAUCCAGAUAUAUUGGCUUUUGAGUGAAAUAUCCUCAUUUUUAAAAGGAGGCACUUUCUGUUUUUUCCUUUUAAAUUUCAAACCACUGUAGAGACCCUUGUGGUGAGUUGAUGUGGUCUGUAAUUAUAAGUAUUCUGUUUGGGAUAAAGUCCUACUCCAGACCCUGCAAAGGCUUAAGUAGGGGCUCUCUCAUCUCUGCCCCUUGCCUUGGUAAGUGCUGCUGUUGCAGCAGCUGCCCACCACUAGGCUACCACCACCCUGCUUUCACUUUCCUGCUGCCCUGGGGACCCCCUCCCCCCUCAACCUUUGAUGCCUUGCCUCUCAGGUGUUGUACCUCUCAGGUGUUGUUCCUCUCAGUCUUCAACUGAGCAGUGUCACACUCCCUUAGAGAUGCAGAAACUUGAAAACAGACCCCUGUUUCCAAAAGUACCCAUAAUUAUUUGGCAGGUUUUCUGAUGGAUGUGGUUCUCAGAGUCAGCACCUGGGGAAAUGGGCCACAGUGGGAAGGAGCUCUUCUCUGAGGAAAAGGUUAGGACACAGAUGCCUCUUUCAUUUCUCAGUAGACUUAAAGCUGAAAGGAAUAAUAAUAAUAAUAAAAAACCUAGCAUAGGUUUGUCAUUAUACACAUUAAGAAGCAGUUAUAGAUUCCUUAGGUGCAGCUUGGCAUUGUCAGGGCCAUGGAUCCCUGAUGCUUUGGCAGGCAUCUACCCCACCUCUUCCUGGCUUCCUUAGCAAAACCAUGCAGAGGUACAUGAUUAUAAUGACAGCAAGCUUCAGCCCCAAUUCCCCCAGAAUAGAUGUUCUGGUUUGUGUUUUCAUUAGCAUCUUAAUAUCUUUUUUUCUCUUUGCUUUUUGUUGCCUUUUAUUAUCUCAUUCCCGUUUAACUCAUCACUGGGAGAAAUAGGGAGCGAGGAGGACAUGUACCGUGCUGCAGAUGAAAUAGAGAAGGAGAAAGAAUUGCUUAUACAUGAAAGAGGGGCAUCAGAACCCAGAUUAAGUGUGGCUCCUGAAAUGGAUAUCAUGGACUACUGCAAAAAAGAAUGGAGGGGAAAUACACAGAAAGCAACCUGUAUGAAAAAGGGCUAUGAGGAGGUUUCUCAGAAAUUCACCUCCAUAAGGCGAGUCCGUGGUGAUAAUUACUGUGCACUGAGGGCCACACUGUUCCAGGCAAUGAGCCAGCUGGCUGCGCUUCCCCUCUGGCUGCAGGAUCCGGAGCUCACGCUGUUACCUGAAAAACUGAUACACAAAUACAGCUGGAUCAAGCAGUGGAAACUUGGGCUGAAAUUUGAUGGGAAGAGCGAGGACCUGGUUGAAAAAAUUAAGGAAUCCCUCACCUUGCUAAGGAAGAAGUGGGCAAGCCUGGCUGAAAUGAGAACUGCUGAAGCAAGGCAAAUGGCUUGUGAUGAACUGUUCACAAAUGAAGAAGAGGAAUACUGCCUCUAUGAAGCUGUAAAAUUUCUAAUGCUAAACAGAGCCAUUGAACUAUAUGAUGAUAAAGAGAAGGGAAAGGAAGUACCAUUUUUCUCUGUGCUCCUGUUUGCUCGGGACACAUCGAAUGACCCUGGACAGCUACUGAGGAACCACUUAAACCAGGUGGGACACACUGGUGGCCUUGAACAGGUUGAAAUGUUCCUUCUUGCCUAUGCUGUGCGCCAUACCAUCCAGGUGUACCGGCUCUCCAAGUACAACACUGAAGAGUUCAUUACAGUCUAUCCCACUGACCCACCCAAGGACUGGCCGGUGGUGACCCUCAUCGCUGAGGAUGAUCGGCACUAUAAUAUCCCUGUCAGAGUAUGUGAGGAGACAAGUCUGUGAGAGACUCACCUGCCUGGACAGUCUGAGGAUAUGGCAAAAGUGCACAGGCAGCUCCUCAGCUUGGGCCUCAGGCCUCUGCUGGUCUCUAAGAACAGUCUGUGAGAACUCUUGGGCCCCUGGGAGCCAAGUUGGACUGGGGUGUUCUGAAGACUAACUUUUCAUAAUAAGAACAACUGUUUUCCCUUAUCUGGGACCCAGUGUGUUUCAUUGGGACCUUCAGAGCAUACCUUUGGAAAGUGCGUACUGCAUUUCCAUAAAGCAGAUACUUUUGUAUUAGAGGAAACUCAUUUUGAAGAAUAUAUUCAUGUCUCAAGUCAAAAUUCUCUCUACUGGUAAACUGGCUUUUAAGUUUUAAGAUGGUAAUUUUUCUUUGGUGGAAAUGGGUGUCUGUAGUGAUCAUUCUAUGCAGUCUGCUUAAGUGGUAUAAUUCUGGGAGAUUUGUUAAUGGCACAGUCAUACCAUGCUCUGAUAUUCUCAUCUUCUUAUGGAGGGAUGAGCAGUGAUUCGGACUUACAUAUUAAGUAAUGCUAUUUUAAGCAGAUGGUCUCAUAGAAGAUGAAGAAUUGGGCCCCAGAGUGGGUUGUUUGGAGGCUUUUUUCAAGUUUGGAGGAGAUACAGUGGAAUCUAGUGAUUGUUACAGGUGUCUACUGUCCCCAAUGUUCCAGAGUCUGGGACAUGGUACCAGGUCCCUAUUAGCAUGGAUGAAUGUUUCUUGUAGUUGUACUCCAGUGUCAGGGGCUGUUAAUUAUUCUAAAGUUCCAAAGAGUCACAGUUUUAUAGUUAAAACAGAGUUUAUAUCCACCCAUGUGUUUAGAGGAGGAAUCUAAGGUCAUAUGAUUUCAGUCACUGCUCAGAGUUCAGAGGUGGGGACAAGCUGGGCUCCUGAUCUUCUCUUGCCCUUUUCAUGCGGUGUUUAAGGGUAGCAUCAUUGCCAGAUCCAUGUAAUGGGCUGAUACCCUGUCUGCUGGCAGGGGAUAAAUAACAGCAACCAACCUGAGAUUUUUCCUGAGCAAGCUAAAGCAACAGUGUGCAGAAGGGUGGCUGAGCCACAUGUGUCCUUGAUUUGGCUUGGGUGGCCUGAGAAAAGCAGUGAUGACCUGCUGGGCACAGGCGAGGUGUUUACUGGAGCUGCUAAAGGGGACAGUGCUGCUGAGCUGGUCUGCAAGGGAUGUGUACUGUGGUCAUUGUUCAUGUGAACCAGACACAUCACUCUUCAGUAUUCUUUUGGCGGCACCUGAAUUGGCUCAACAUUUGUGGAGUUGAUGUUUCCUUCAAGUACUGAGCUUAUUUUAUAAUAAUUAAAAUCUAUUUGAUCUAAUUUAAUAUGAUUAAUAAGUUUUCUACACUUUUGAAAAUCUGUGUCUCUGUUAAUAAAAAAUUAAGUCUUAAGAAAGCUCAGCCUGCACAAAGUAUUCAGACUGUUACAUUAGUACUUUUCCUAGUACCUACUUGGUGAUAUUCACCACAUUUUACUAGACGUGUAUCAAUUAGCAUUUUGAAUCAGAUUCUAUAAAUGUAUGUGAAUACUUUAGAGAGGCUUUGUGCUUUUCACAGUGAAAUACAUUGGUAUCUUAAAUAAGGAGGUACCUAGAAGCCCAAUUAAAGUAAUAAUAAUGACUUCUUGGCUUUGACAAGUUUAGUAUUUGUAACUAUAUGAUUCAUUUAUGAGCAUUCUUUUAGAGCACAGCUUGAAAUAUUUAGAUUAUACUUGGCAAUAGGGAUUUGUGCCCUUGGGAUAUAUUGAAUCUGACCAUUGGUUCAUAUACAUUAUUGAAUGUGAAUAAUACGAUAUUAAACCUCAUGAUUAAUGCA